UUCGGAAGAAUUAUUUUUCUCGUAAUCUGGCAAAACUGUGGAAAUUUUAAAUUUCUGCUAUAAAUCGUGUUUAUGGUGCUGGUUGUAUGAACCAAGGAGAUUUGAGUCGGUUAUGAACUGUGUUUUUGCUACAAACUAUUCGGAAGUUUCCGUUUCGGAUAGCAAAAUACGUUACAGAGCAUGUGAGGCAAAACCUAGGAUCUGCAUGACAUUAACGAAGCACAACCAAAGGGGCUUCAGAAAUUGUAAUUUAAGUAUUCUUAUCUAAAUGCAGAUUCUCAGUGCAUUGAGUAUUGCAAAUAAUAUUUAAAUUAAAGGAAAUUUAUAUAUGCGUAAUUUUGAGAAGUAACUUAAAAUUACUCAGCACUGACUAACAUGCUGAGGAAUUUACUUGUGUUGUCAACGUACAUGGUCCAAAAUUCUAACCUCCAAAAUGAUGUCAACUAUCCCAAAUUUUAGCCAUCACCACAAUCCUUGUAACAAUCGUAACUUCAUAUAAUGUUACAUAUACAAUGGAUCUGUGCGUUAAUUCAUGUAUAGGAAGUAUAAACUCGGCACGAAGCUAUAUCUAUAUAAAUAGUAACAAGUUUGAUUUUGGGUGAAGUGUUCCAGUUAAGGUGUACUUAAAUCACGCACAAUUAGGUUAUGCAUUAUUGUUUUUACAUAUAUAUUCAUGUGUAUAUUUGAACAGGAGGGGGUGAACUAGUAAUAAACAUUUAAGAAGUAAUGUGGGUAAAGGUAAACUUUAACCAACUUCAUUUGUUUCCAUGCAGUACAUGAAAACAGCAUUGUGUGAAAUGUAACGAAUUAUUCGAAAUAAGCAUGUGCUUAUCUCUGCAGGGAAGAAACUUCAUGUAUGUGAUGUAUUUAAUGAGCCAUUUCAGGAAAAAAGUAAGUUGCCUAUGUGUAUGUACCCAGAAAUAUAUUUUAUGUAAUAUUCAUAUAAAAAGAUAAGUUUGCAUAUGCUUCAUUGCACAGCACAGAAAUUUCAUAUGUGUGAGAUGUGUAAUAAGUAAUUUUAAAGACAUGCUUAUCCACAUGGAAGAGAGACUGCAUAUGUAUGGUAUGUAUAACAAAGCAUUAAAAAAAGAUUAAAUAUGCAUAUGGUUGUUCACUUUGGUAAUAAACCUUAUGUAUGUGACAGGUCAUUUACAUAAAAGUUUAAUCUGAACAGACCUAGGCACAUGAAAAAAGUACCUCAUAUGUGCUUUGUAACAAAUGAUGAGUGAUAUAAAGAAACAUGUGCUUCUUCACAAAGAAAAAUUUUUUAUCUGUGAUGUAUGUAACAAGUCAUUUAGAGAAAAGAGUAAAUUGAGCAUCCAUAUGCUAGUUCAUGGAAGAGAAAAACCUCAUGUGUGUGAGAUCUGUAAGAAGUCGUUUAAACAAAAAAGUAAUUUAAGCAUGCAUGCACGUGUUCACACAGGAGAAAAACCUCAUGUGUGUCAGGUGUGUAACAAAUCAUUCGUACGAAAAUGUAAUUUCCAGAUACACAUGUUAAUGCACACAGGAGAGAAACCCCAUUCAUGCGAGGUAUGUAGUAAGUCCUUUAGACAAAAGUGUGAUUUAAGCGUGCACAUGUUAAUUCACACAGGAGAAAAACCUCAUGUAUGUGAUAUAUGUAACAAAUCAUUUAGAUUAAAGCGUAGUUUAAACAUGCAUAUACUUUUUCAUACAGGAGAUAAACCUCAUCUGUGUGAGAUAUGUAAUAAGUCAUUUAGGCUAAAGGCUGAUUUAAACAUGCAUUGUCGUAUUCACACAGGAGAGAAACCUUUUCAGUGUGGGAAAUGUAACAAAUCAUUUAGACGCAGGGGUGUUUUAAACCAGCAUAUGCUUAUUCACACAGGAGAGAAGCCUCAUCUGUGUAAGAUGUGCAACAGAUCAUUUAGGCUAAAGGAUGAUUUGGACAUGCAUGCUCUUGUUCACAUAGGAGAAAAACCUUAUAUAUGUGAGGUAUGUAACAAGUCAUUUAGAUACAAGUACCUUUUAAAGAAGCAUAUGCUUUUUCAUACAGGCGAGAAACCUCAUGUGUGCAAGAUAUGCAACAAAUCAUUUAGACAGAAGGGAGAAUUAAAAAUACAUUUUUUUAUUCACACAGGAGAGAAACCUCAUGCGUGUGAGGUAUGUAACAAGUCAUUUAGACGUAGGAGUGUUUUAUGCAAACAUAUGCUUAUUCACACAGGAAAGCAACAUCAUUUAUGUGAUGCAUGUAAUAAGUCAUUCAGACAUAAGGGCGAAUUAAACAAACAUAUUCUUACACACACAGAAGAAAAACCUCAUGCAUGUGAGGCAUGAAACAAAUCAUUUUUACAGAAAUGUAAUUUGCAGGUGCCUAUGCUUAUCCAUACCUAAGAGAUGUCCUAUUUUAUUUAGAGAGAAAGUUAAAAAUAUUUACCUAUUUGUGCUGCAGAAAAACCUCAUAUAUGAAUUACAGUAUGAACCAUUUCAACUAAAGGCUGAUUUAAAGAAGCAUGUGUCUGUCCAUAUAAGAGAAAAUGUAUGUUAUAUGAGGUAUGUAAAAUGUGAUUUGUUCUCAGUAGGAGGAAAUCUUUCAUAUAUAUGUAAGAUUUCAUUUCAAUGCAAUGGUGAUUUAAAAUAAUGUCUGCAUGUCCUUGAUUAUAUAGGAAAUUUUUCUCAUCCAAAAGAAAGCUUAUAGCAGCAUAUAUCAACAUUGAUAGAAAAAUGUUGAUACUGAUUCUUCUUUACAGAAUCAUGUAACCCUACAAGCCCUGAGUUUUGUUUUUUGCUUCCUCAAUCAAAUUUGAGUCCUUCAUGAUUUACUAUAUUUUGUGUAAUAUAUCAUAAACAAUUUAUUAAAUAGAUUAUUUUCAACCUAAGGGUCUCGUAAUUUGCAGUUGCUGGGGGCUUCAUCUUACAUAAAUAUUAUUAAAACAAUAUAUGUCUGUUUUUUCAUUUCUGUAAUCUUAUAUACAUUAAAAUUUCAAAUCAGCAGUUGAUAUAUAUUGGUCAAAAUAUGAAAUCUCAAAUUAGUAUCUCACUUAAUUGACUUAGUUGAUUUUGCUAAAGACAAUUAUCUCUCUUAUCUUGUCAACAUGAUACAGAGUGUUGGAAAUUUUCCCAAAUGUGAAUAUGGGCACUAUUAGUAAAAUACUAGUAGAUGCAACUUCAGUUUUUACUUUGUGUUAUAAAAUUCUAGUUAUUUUUCAAUUCUGUGAAAUAGAAGAAAAAUUGCUGUAAAACUACAAUUAAAACUUUCCUUAAUGUUUUAUUGAUUCAAGAGAUCCAGAAAGUUGGCCAGUUCCUGUAGGCAAAGAAAGGAGAUACUGUCUUGGUGUUUGUAUUGCACUCAUCAAAAAUCCGAAUGGGGAGAAGAUGAAGCAUAACUAGUUUAAAUAUUGCUUGUUUGAUGUUAUUGCAAGCUUUUCAAUUCUAAUUAGAAAAGCUCUCUACAAGAAGUAUGUACAGACACUGACGAGAGCUCUUGAAACUUCUGUCUGUGAACAAUGUUGCAACCAUAUAGAUCAUAUAGCUCAAAACUACUGGAUGAAGUAACACAAGUUUAAAUUAAGAAGGUAAUGGCAAACAGAUAGAAAUUAAUGUUAGAAGCAUUAUUUUCUGUCAUAUUUCUGAAGGAAAGGAAUCUUUAAUGGGUGAUCAAGCAAAGCUGAGAGUUCCAACUAAUGGGAGCUUUCUAAGACAUUUCAUAUUUCACUCAAUGGUCAAAUAUGAUAUUCUGAUGAACAAACAUUCAGUAUGUAGCAAUACUUGAAAGAUGUUUAUAUACUUUAUCUUUUUUUAAAAAAAUUAAAUAACUACAAUCAGAGUUCCCUCUAA